AUGUUUUCCCGCAUGGCAGCCGUUGCUGUCUUUGCUGUUUCCCUCCUGCUGUCGGCCCCCGUGGCAUCGGCCCAUCAGGUAGGCGGCAUGGUCGUGGCCGACUCGACCCUCACCAUCAACGAUGUCCCCUUCGCCACACGGGCGUACUGGAUGCGCAAGGCCAACGAGGCCCUCUUCACAGUGACGGGGUCCGCAUGCCCGUUUGCGGCCUUUGGAACCGUCAUUGUGAACCACACGGCCUCGACGGACGGCGAGCUGGUCUGCAUUGGAGCCAAUUACAAGAGCAUCGUUGGCAACCCGACAUUGCACGGCGAAAUGGCCGCCAUUUCCAACUGCACCAAGAUCCUGACGGACCCAAAUGGUCCCUACAACCUGACAGCCGCCGAAGCCCAAGAGGCCUUUGCCGACCUGUCGCUGUACACCAAUGCCGAGAGCUGCCCUAUGUGCGCCUCGGGGAUCCAGUGGUCCGGCUUCAGAGAGUACAUAUACGGGUCUAGCAUCGAAACGCUCAUACAGAAGGGCUGGAGUCAGAUCCGCAUACCCUCCAUUGACGUGUUUCGGCAGUCGUUUGAUCUGGGCGGUUCGCCGAGGCUCUUGGCUGAGGUGCUCACCAACGAGACGGACCCGUACUUUUUCUGGCAGUAUGACCCGGACUAUGCUUGCCCCAAGGGAUGCAAGAGGGUCACAGGUGUAUGUUCCGAUGAGUGA